GCAUCAUCCACAUCCUUUCUCGGUUCCAAUUUUUCCUUGGUCGUUAGUUGGCACAGUCCUUGCUCAAUCUCGCAGUCGCCCAUGGACAACCCAGACUCAAAAGCUCUCACUACCUGGCGCACACGGGUCGAUUGAGCCAGUCGGUGCGAUUGCCGUUUCUUACCCGGUUCACAUCGGCGAAUCUCAUAGGGAUGCGCAUCAUCACCCGUGAUAGACCGUUAAUUACACAUGUUUUUACCCCUGUUCUUACACCGUUUGAGAUGUGGUUUCUCGUAUUUUAGGCCGAUUUCACGCUAGGUUGUGUUUGUUUGUGAUAUUUCAGGUCCUAGUACGUGAAUGGAGGUUUGGGAGCGAGUUUGGGGUCGAUUGGACGAAGAUCGGGCGCGAGGCAAGUCAAAAAGGAGGUCACACGGGCACACCCACAACUCACACGGCCGUGCAACUCAUAUUUGUGGCCGUGUGAGAUUGUGCGAGAGCAAACACGGCUUGCCCUGAUAUCCACACGGCCGUGUGAAGGAGUGGUCUGGCCGUGUGAGAUUGUGCGAGAGCAAACACGGGCAGAUGGAAGUCACACACGGCCGUGCGACCCUGGCCGUGUGAGAAGCUUGAAGAUCGAACUAAUUGGAACGCAACGUUUUGACUCACACGAGCAACUGGGUAUGCCACACGGCCGUGUGGCCCUGCCCGUGUGGGUCGGGAAUUCCUGGUUUUAACCCAAUUCCGGGCUGCAAGAGAGAGAAUCAGACUUUUUGAGCAAAAACAGAGCCCUAGAGAGAGAAAGGACGAAGAACACAUCCUAGAAGCUAUCUUGGAGCUGCGUUUCAUCAAAUCAAGCUUGGAGAUCGUCAUAGGAGUGGAAAUCAUCAUCCCAGAGCAGAUUUUCCUCAUCUUUAUGAGUAUGACUACUUUGUAUCUUGUUUUCCUCUCUCUCUCUCUAUGGAGUAGAACCCCUCUCUCACUUGGGGAUGAAGAACCCUAGUUCUAUGUGUUAGGGAUUUGAUUGUAAUGACUUGGGAUGAUAUUACUGUUUGAUUUUAAUCGAAUGAUGCAUGUUUAUUGAGUCAAUUGAAGUCUGAUCAACUUUUCCUGAUUCCUGCUGCAAUCUGAGAUAGAUAGAAUCUGAUUAGGUUGCCAGAGUCUCAUCAUUCGGUAGUAGGAGAUUGGCUAUACGAGAGUUAGCCAGUUUACUGCUUUGUACUGGAAUCCAAUUCCAGUAGUGGAGUUCUGUUCUUACUGCUUCAGCUUUCUAUCCCGGUGAAGACUAGUCGUCUGCCGGGUAGAUAGACUGAGAGAGCUUGGUCAGCUUAAGAGAUUCCAAGCUACUGUCGGAUCUUUCGCAGUCUAAUCAACAGUAAAUCAACCCAGGGAAAUACAAUUGAAACCUAACUAAGGAGCUAGGGGGACUCAUUCUCGAGUGACUCUUUCCUGCUUGAGAAAACUGUAUCAAUUCCUGCUUUAUUUCUGCUUUUGCUUUUAAACAACAAUCACUUACUUUAGUUGGCUAGAUAAUAGAGAAUCACUGAGUAAGCAGUAGACCUAGACCCCGGGUUGAUAAUAUAACUUGCCUGUUACUGCAUUCCCGGUCUGCGAUUACACUUGGUCGCAGAUUGGUGUUGUGUUUUGGCGUGUCAAGUUUUUGGCGCCGUUGCCGGGGAACCCUCUAGGUUAUUGGGGAAACAUGAGAAUUUGUUACUCUAGCUUUUUAUUUACUGCAUUUUAUCUCUUCCACCUGUGUGCCUUCACGGGUUGCUUCUGCUGAUUGUGUGCAGGUAGUGCAUGACCCAUAGCCAGUCGGGAGAUCUACUACCACCCGACCAGGAGCUUGAACGAACCUGCAGAAACUUCAAGCGGGCUCUAAAGGCGCGACUGGCUGCGGAGGAGGCGCUAGCACAGCUACAGAUCACUGAAGAGGAGGAGAUGGCUGAUCCACAGGGUCAUGAUGUGAUCGAUCCCGAGGAGCAGACCAUGGGACAUUACUGGACUGCCAGGGCUGCAGACAUGAGGUCACCCAUUCAACACCCUCAUGUCCCAGCCAAUAAUUUUGAGGUGAGCACCUCAGUAAUCACCAUGUUGCGCGGUUCGGUGAUGUUCCGUGGCAAAGAGGGGGAGUGCCCCCGAUCACAUCUCAGGCGAUUUCAUGAGCUCAUUGAUGGAAUCAAGAUCAAUGGGGUCCCAGCAGAUGCCAUCCAGCUGAGAUACUUCCCAUUCACCCUGGAGGGGCAAGCCAAGGAGUGGCUGGAUACUCGACCUCCGGGCUCUAUCACCACGUUCGCCAACCUGGCGGACAAGUUCCUCACCCGCUACCAUCCUCCAUCCAAGACAGCUGACCUGCAGAAGCAAAUUACCCAUUUUGCUCAGGAUGAGGAUGAGACCAUCAUGGAUGCUUGGGAGAGAUACACCAGUCUUUUCCUCAGGUGUCCAAAUCAUGGUUUCAAUGAUGCGUUCAAGGUGGGCACCUUCUAUCACGCCCUUUUCCCGGAGGACAAGCAGCUGAUUGAUUUGGUCUGUGGCGGGAACAUGCUGACCAAAACACCGCCACAGCUGAAUCAACUCUUUGAGGAGAUGGCGGAGAACGGGUACGAUUGGGGCACUGCCAGGAGAUCGAGACGAGCACCAGGACGGGGUGUGCAUGCUGUGGGCACCCAGUCAUCUGAUUUGGUACAGGUGGUAUCGAAGCUGGUGUCAGCUAUCGAUUGUUCUGGUUUGAUUGCAGGUACAGGACAGCCGCAGGCGAUGCUCUGCCAGUUGUGCGAGAGCACCCAUCACACUGUGGAAGACUGCCAAGCGAUGAAGGAAUCGACAACACCCCAUGAGCAGGUGAACUUCAUCAACAAUGUUAGGCGCAACGACCCCUACAGCAAUACUUACAACGAGGGGUGGCGCCAGCAUCCCAACUUCUCCUGGGGUGGGGCAAAUUCCAGACCACCAGUUCCCCAGGGACCACCGGGCUUCCAGAGGCCACCAUAUCAGCCCAGACAGGGGCAAUUCCAGCAGCAGCAGUCUCUCUACCAGCCCAUGCAGGGGCAUGCUGCUCCAUCACAGCCGCGACCUUUCCAGCAGCCAGGUGCAGCCCCUGCCGCCCUAGUGCAGAAUGAUCAGAUGGCUGAACUGCGGGAAUUGGUGGGUUCUCUCGCCAGUUCUAGUGCUCAGAAAUUUAACACUAUCGAGCAGUUCAUGGAAAAGGCAUCGGGUAAAUUCCUGGCUCUUGAAGCUGGCCAGAGGAACACACAGGCUGUCUUGCAGGAUAUCCAAACCCAGCUGGAGAGUGUGGCUCAAGUAGUGGCACAAAGGGCUCCUGGUACUCUACCUGGUCAGACCAUCCCUCAUCCUCAAAACCCGAAUGAGCACUGCAAUGCCAUCAUGACCAGGAGUGGCAAGAUGACUGUUGAUCCACCUGCUCGGGCACAAGCGAGAGAGGCCCCUGCCUUGGCAUCUCCAGCAGCUGAAGAAGAAGCAGAGAAGGAGGUUGAGGUGCCUGCACCUAAAUCGCAACCAGUAGUGAAGGAGUAUAUCCCUAAACUCCCCUUCCCUACUCGAUUGCACAAAGACAGGCUGGAGGCAGAGUUCGAGAACUUCAUGGCCAUGCUUAGGAAGCUGAAUGUCCAAGUGCCUUUCCUGGAGGCACUAUUUCAAAUGCCUAAGUAUGCGAAGUUCCUGAAGGAUCUUCUCUCAAAGAAGCAGAAGCUGAACGAGCUGGCCACUGUGGAGCUCAGCGAGGAGUGCUCGGCCAUUCUGCAGAACAAGCUUCCGCAGAAACAGAAGGACCCAGGUAGUUUUACUAUCCCGUGCUCUAUAGAAAAUUUGCAUGUAGAGAGGUCCUUGGCGGAUUUAGGUGCUAGUAUCAAUGUUAUGCCAUAUAAACUGUUUAAGAAACUAGGCCUAGGUGAACCCCGUGCUACUAGGAUGAGCCUUCAAUUAGCUGACCGAUCUGUAGUGCAUCCUAGGGGCAUAGUGGAAGACCUUCUGGUUAAGCUUGGCAAAUUCAAUUAUCCUGUUGAUUUUGUGAUUUUGGACAUAAAUGAGGAUGUGAAUGUGCCAUUGAUACUGGGAAGGCCUUUCCUGGCCACCGCCAAGGACCUCAUAGAUGUGCAUGAUGGGACCUUAGUUUUGAGGGAUGGUGAGGAGCGAAUAUCGUUUUCAAUUUCUAAUACUCGUCCUGCUUCGUCACCUUUGCAUGCUGUAUCUCACCAGGAGCACGAGUCUGUCGUGUAUCCUCCUGUGUUGCCUAUGUUGCAGGAUCCGCCUCCCAUACCUUCGCCGCCACUCCCGUCCACUCCGUCAUCGAAGGAACAAAUCAGGGAGGAGUGGUGGCCGAAACAGCAGGCAGCUAAGCCUGCUCGAAAGAAAGCCGGAGACCACUAUGAGCUGGUCCCGCCCCCACCUUGGCCAUCCGAGUAUUCACUCGCUUGCAUCCUGCCGGAUGGCCAAGUUGAGUUGGCAAAUGCUGGUGGCCACAUUCGGCGUGUGCAUGGCCAUCAUUUGAAGCUGUACCUCAAGAGCGAAGUGGAUCCGCUCUUGAAGGCACCUGCUCCUUCACCUCAUUGAGCAUCCACUGACUGGCGUCCAGCUAAAAGACGAUAAAGAAGCGCUUGUGGGGAGGCAACCCCACCUAGGUUUGCAUUUUCUUACCUUUUUCUUUUUGAUUUUUUGUGUUUUUUUAGUCUUGAGGGGUUGUUCACGAGUUGUAUGUCGUUCUGGAGUGAAAACAGGUCAUUUUCGGAGUUCUGGCAGCUCACACGGCCAGCCCUGAAUGUCACACGGCCGGGUGGAAAAUAAUUUUGGCCGUGUGAG